AUGAACUACCCUUCACCACGAACACCAGGAUCAACACCGAUCCACGAGUGGGACUAUUCCCGGAUGUCUUCGGCAACGCCCACUCCGUCUCCUCGGCCGAACUGGUUCGACUCGUCGACGCCACGUCGGCCGGCCACUCGAGCCGCUCACUCGCGAGCCUCGAGUUACUCGCAGCAUGGUGGUCUCACUCCCCGAACACACAUGGAGUCCCCCAGAUACAAUAGCUAUGGGGAUUAUUGUACGGUAGAUGUGAGUGCCAAAGAUUUUUCGUCGUCGCGCCGCCACACGGCACACUAUCCAGCUCCUCCCAGGCGCGAUCGCCGUCACUCGUAUACCUAUGUCCGGGCUUCCACUCCCUAUGGAGAAUCCGACGAGGACGAGAUCAUCGAGGUUUUGGGCGGAGGCACUUACGUGCUCCUCGCCGAGCCACGGGCCAGGAGCCGCCGCGCGCCGCACUUGUCGAAGCACGAUGGGGGAUGGUACACUAAUCAGGGGGUCCGUCCGCAGAGCUCUUCGUACAAUUAUGCCGAUCCUGCCUAUGCGCGGGCUUCACCAUACGACUCCCCGCAACCCCAACCACCACAGGCGCGCCCGCCCACCAGCCAUGGCCACUCUCGCCGCUCGUCGGCCUCGGUCCCGCAGCGGCCGUCCACUGUUCGCCCGGCGGCAAGCAGCCAGCGUUCAAAGCCGCCGCCGUCAACGCCAAAGGCGACCGAGGGCGACGCCCGCCGGCACAAAAUUCCGCAGGGCUACUCACUCAAGAACUGGGACCCCGAAGAGGAACCCAUCCUGUUGCUGGGAAGUGUCUUUGACGCUAACAGUCUAGGCAAAUGGAUCUAUGACUGGACCGUCUACCACGAGGGCCCGGACAAGCCCAUCGCCGACAUGGCCGGUGACUUGUGGCUGCUCCUCAUCAAGCUAUACGGCAAGAUCAAGCGCGCGGAAGAGAUUGUAGGCCAGAUCCGCAGCGCCGAGAACAGAGAGAUUAUGAAUGACUUCAUCGAUGCAGGUGAGCGUCUUACGGAUAAAUUGCGAGCCCUCCUCAAGGCCUGCGAGUCGCCCAUGCUCAAGGCUGCCAAGAAGAAGGGCUCAGGGCUUGGGAAGAACUCGGGUGUCGAGUUUGUUCUCACCCUCUUUGGCCGAGACAGAGAGUUGGCCAAGACUGAAAAGUUGAUGCAGGGCAUUAGACUAUUCGAUCUCCGAUUCGAUGCCAAUUGCCAGGAUAUCAUCGACAACCCUACCCUCUAG